CUUGGGCUGUGCUCCUCGGACGCCCAGCGGCCCCUCCUUGGCCUCGCUUAGGAACCCUUCCGUUUUCCUGAACCGUUAUUUAGUUUUUCAAAUUCACAGAAAACACCUUUAGUGCUAACAGUCACCCACAACUCCCCUCUUCAAAAAAAAAAAAAAAAAAAAAAAAGUCACACAAAAGCAAAAAAUAAUCCAAUUCUCCUUUCCUUCCAGACCUUGCGUGUUUGUCUCUCUCUGUCCCCUAUUCAUCUUCUCCCCAACCCAUUUUCCGUCUUUGGUCUACAUCCCUUUCUCUGUUGCUCUUCGUUCCCCCUUUUUUCUUUCUCUUUCUCCCUCCCUCUCCCGUUUCCAUUCCUUCCACCGCUUCUACAGCCUCCUCCCGUCGCGUCUCUCCUCCCUCUUUCGGGCUCCUGCUCUGCCCUCUCCGCCCCUCCCCAGAGAAGAGUGUCCAGCUCCUCCCGGGGCUACCCGCCCGCCGCUCCUUUCCUGCCCACCUACUAUGAGGAGCAGCUCCUCCCACCUGCCCAUAAAAGCCAAGUGCAUGUUACCAGCCGCGGAUCAGAGCACUUUCCCGGUCCUCUCCUGUGGGAGCCCCCUGAGCCUUUCUCCUGGAUCUUACGUGCUCAAGGCGAUGGCUGUACCACCUGGCCCUCUGCAGCUGCUGGGAGUGCUGCUUACCAUUUCCCUGGGCUCCAUCAGGCUCAUUCAGGCUGGCGCUUACUAUGGGAUCAAGCCGCUGCCACCACAAAUUCCUCCUCAGAUCCCACCACAAAUUCCACAAUACCAGCCUCUGGGCCAGCAAGUACCUCACAUGCCUUUGGGCAAAGAUGGCCUUAGCAUGGGCAAGGAGCUGCCCCACAUGCAGUAUGGCAAAGAGUAUCCACAUCUACCCCAAUAUAUGAAGGAAAUUCAGCCAGUGCCAAGAAUGGGCAAGGAAGCAGCACCUAAGAAAGGCAAAGUAGAAAUACCAUUAGCCAGCUUACGAGGGGAGCAAGGUCCCCGUGGAGAGCCUGGCCCAAGAGGACCACCUGGGCCCCCCGGCUUACCAGGCCAUGGGAUACCUGGAACCAAAGGAAAACCAGGGCCACAGGGAUAUCCUGGAAUUGGAAAACCAGGUAUGCCUGGAAUGCCAGGAAAGCCAGGAGCCAUGGGAAUGCCUGGAGCAAAAGGUGAAAUUGGACCUAAAGGGGAGAUCGGGCCUAUGGGGAUCCCAGGGCCGCAAGGACCUCCAGGGCCUCACGGACUUCCUGGCAUUGGAAAACCAGGUGGUCCAGGGUUACCAGGGCAACCAGGUGCAAAGGGAGAGCGAGGGCCAAAAGGACCACCAGGACCUCCAGGCCUUCAGGGUCCUAAAGGGGAGAAGGGCUUUGGGAUGCCAGGUUUGCCAGGCCUAAAGGGUCCUCCAGGGAUGCAUGGCCCUCCUGGUCCUGUUGGACUUCCAGGAGUGGGCAAACCCGGAGUGACAGGCUUCCCUGGGCCCCAAGGCCCCCUGGGAAAGCCAGGUCCUCCAGGGGAACCUGGGCCCCAAGGCCCUGUUGGGGUCCCAGGAGUUCAAGGACCUCCUGGGAUACCUGGAGUUGGGAAACCAGGCCAGGACGGGAUCCCUGGCCAGCCAGGAUUUCCAGGUGGCAAAGGGGAGCAAGGACUGCCAGGGCUGCCAGGACCCCCAGGCCUUCCAGGAAUUGGGAAACCAGGCUUCCCGGGACCCAAAGGUGACAAGGGCAUAGGCGGUCUUCCUGGGGCUCUAGGACCAAGAGGGGAGAAAGGACCAGUAGGUGCCCCUGGAAUAGGGGGUCCCCCAGGAGAGCCAGGCCUGCCUGGAAUCCCAGGUCCUAUGGGUCCUCCAGGUGCUAUUGGUUUUCCUGGACCCAAAGGAGAAGGUGGGGUUGUAGGGCCACAGGGGCCACCAGGUCCCAAGGGUGAGCCAGGGCUUCAGGGCUUCCCAGGAAAGCCAGGUUUCCUUGGUGAAGUAGGGCCCCCUGGCAUGAGGGGUUUGCCAGGUCCCAUAGGGCCUAAGGGGGAAGCUGGUCAUAAAGGUUUACCAGGGCUCCCUGGUGCUCCAGGGCUGCUGGGACCAAAGGGAGAACCAGGAAUCCCAGGGGACCAGGGUUUACAGGGCCCUCCAGGCAUCCCAGGGAUCGCAGGCCCAAGUGGGCCCAUUGGACCACCUGGAAUGCCAGGCCCCAAAGGAGAACCUGGCAUCCCAGGGCCCCCUGGGUUCCCUGGAGUAGGGAAGCCUGGGGUAGCAGGACUUCAUGGGCCCCCGGGGAAGCCUGGUGCCCUUGGUCCUCAAGGCCAGCCGGGACUUCCAGGGCCCCCAGGCCCUCCAGGGCCCCCAGGGCCCCCAGCUGUGAUGCCCCCUACACCACCACCCCAUGGAGAGUAUCUGCCCGAUAUGGGGCUGGGAAUUGAUGGAGUGAAACCCCCCCAUGCCUAUGGGGCUAAGAAGGGCAAGAAUGGAGGGCCUGCCUACGAGAUGCCUGCUUUUACAGCUGAGCUGACUGCGCCUUUCCCACCUGUGGGGGCCCCCGUGAAGUUUGACAAACUGCUCUAUAAUGGCAGACAGAACUACAACCCCCAGACGGGCAUCUUCACCUGCGAGGUUCCUGGGGUCUACUACUUCGCCUACCACAUCCACUGCAAGGGGGGCAACGUGUGGGUUGCUCUGUUCAAGAACAACGAGCCCAUGAUGUACACAUAUGAUGAGUACAAAAAGGGUUUUCUGGACCAGGCGUCUGGGAGUGCGGUGCUGCUGCUCAGGCCAGGAGACCGAGUGUUCCUCCAAAUGCCCUCAGAACAGGCUGCAGGACUGUAUGCUGGGCAGUAUGUCCAUUCCUCCUUUUCAGGAUAUUUAUUGUAUCCCAUGUAAGAAAAAAAAAAAAAGAAAGAAAGAAAGAAAGAAAAGAAAGAGAUUUAAAGAAGAAAAUGGCACACCGAAAAAAUCCAAAUGAAAAACACAAUUGCUUCAAAACAUUUAUAUAGUUGGAAAGUUAUAUUUAAGUGAAAAUCUAAACCAUCAUGUACAAAUAAAAACUAAGAUGCAUGUUGAAUGCUCUGCAUAGCAGCCUGUAAUUAAAAAUGAUGGGAUAGAUUUAUGUAUCAAGUACUGACACUUGUGUUGUACCCACUGGAAUCAUAUUAGCUGUUGUAUUGUUAUAUGCUUCCAUGAUAACCUGCUUAUUCAGAUCAGUCAAUAUAUUUCAGUAUGGAAGAUCAUAGCUAAUGAAAGUCACUUGCUCAUAUUGUUUAAAGAUUUCUAAAUAUGACUUAAGGAAAUGUCCAUGAUAAUAAUUACCGUAUUUAUUUGCAUAAUUUCCUCUGUCUUUGGGCAGAUAUUUUGCCAGGAAGGUGGGGGAGGAGUCCUAUUGUGUGAUAGCCCCAGUGGGAGGGAGUCAGGGGAGCAGAAGGUUUUUAGCCAAAGGCUAUUUCCCUCCUGUCAGAGGCUGUGUCUUUUAUGGACACAAGUCCUCCUCAGAAUUGUGUAUCUCCUGUCUCUAAAAGAACAAGUGAGUCAGUCGCCUGCGGUGUAAUUUACUCAGUAAAUUCUGUGUGCAUUGCACUGGAUGAGACAUGUGAGGGACAUAAGACAGUGCUCCAAAAGGAGCUAAAAAAAAACACUUGGGAGACAGGAGCCAUAAUUAACUCACUUAUUUCUCAAGGAUCUUUUUUGUUUUAUUUUCUAUAAUUUUUUUCCUUCCUUCCAUGUAAUUUCCAUGAUGACUCAACUAAUAUAAACUUGUGGAAGUCGUAAGAAAAAAAUAGUAACUUUCCAGUUUUGUGGAAUGUUCAUUAUCAACAUCAGUUUUUAAUUGUGUUUACAUGGGUAUAAAAAUCCCCUUCCUUUCCCUACUAUUCAAAUGACUACAAUGAGGUUUCACCCAUGAAGGGGCUAUUGCUAUUUUUCAGUAGCGGUUGAAUUUUGAAGAAAUUUCUUGGUGUAGUAUCUAUGCAAAUUGGAAUGUUGUCUCAGAUUCCAAACUCAAUUUCCAAAAUCCAAGCCAUUCUUUAUUUGGGGAAAAAAAAAUUUUCAGAAUUACAUAGGAAAAUAACUUUUUGAAAAAAUAAUUUCUUAAGUUUUAAAUUUAAAAAUGGAUCUACUACUUCCGAGUGUAGGUACUAAAAUUGUAAAAAAAGAAGUUUGCUUCUUUACAAGCAAACUGUGGAAGAGCUAUGUGAAAUGUCAAAGGGCAUAAGAGCCCGUGCUUCUUCUGUCACCUUAUACUCAGCACAAGUCAAGAGUCAAUAGAAGUUUAAAGAGAAAAAUGAGUAUCUUUCUUUCUAGGUUUUUACUUAGGUACAUACUAACCACUGCAGGCAUUCAAAUCUCGUUUCAAAACAUAGGCAAAAUAUUUCAGUCAGCUAUGAGUCUGCUGCUGAUACUACAAGCAAAGGGGGAAAUGAUGUGGGGCUGUGGUGGUAGAAUCUUGUAUCUGUUUCUCAAAAUUAAGAGUGAGAAGUUAAGGGGAAAGAUACAGACGGAAAAAUACACAAAUAAAUACGGUAUAUACACACAUGGAAAUGUGUCUCUGUCAAAUCUGAAUCACUUUAAUCAUCAAGAAAAUUCUCGUUAACCUAAUAAGUGUCUUUCCCUUGUAUGGUAUAUGAGCACCAUUUCUUCUCAAAUUCUUAAGAAGAGAAAUGAGUUCAUUACCAGAGGGUUUCUUAUUCACUGCUUUUACAUGACAAACUUUUUUCAUCAAAAGAUAGCUGACCCAACCUUCAUUUUCAAAGCAGACAGCGUCUAUGUGGUCAAACAUCCUUCAAGUUGGUCUUGAGGAUACUGGUUUUGGACUGAUGACUAUGGGAGGCAACAGGGAUCCAUUGGGCUCCUUCUGCUGUAUAGCUGCAUUGAAACGGCUUGGAAGCAAGUCUGAUCAGCUGAUCUGUAAAUCCGUAUUUAUCUGUACAUGUAUGGGCUUUUUAUUUCCACCAAGUUAAGAGAGGCAGUACCUCUUUAGUUAAGAUCAAACUUCUUUUAAAAAUACCUUCCAACUUAUUUAUUGGUUGUUACUCAAUUGCAUAUAUAUAUAUAUAUAUAUAUAUAUAUAUAUAUAACUGUGCGUGAGUGUGUUAAUUAUCAGGCAUAUGCUUCUAACUUUUAGAUAGGGGAGGAGCAAAAUCUAUGCCAGAUACUGUGUAUUCUAUAAUGGUGCUAAUCUCAGAGCUAAAUGAAUUACUCCAUUUAAUUAAAAAAAAGAGUUUUAAAUAAUUAUCUAUGUGUCUGUGUUUCCCUUUUAAGUGUUGCACAUUAUGCUAACACGUUAGUGUAAAAGCAGAUGAAACGACCACAUGUUCAAAAGUCUAGGGACAGUGCUUUAAUCCCUAUUUAAUUCAAAACCAACUAGAACUUUUCCAUGUGAAAUGGACCAAACUGGCAUUAUGUUAUUUAAACACAGAGUAUUAAUGCAGUAUGACAUCCCACAGAGGAAAAGAAUGUCUGUAGUGGGUGACUGUUCUCAAAUAUUUUACAGAACACCAUGAAAGGUGACCAGACUGGUGACUUUUUUGAGUUUCCAUGAUUAGAUUUGAGACUUGUCAAUAGCAAAUCAUUUUUGUAUUUAAAUUUUUGUACAGAUUUGAAAAAAAGACAUAUUAAAUAUCUUUAAAAGUA